UUUGUUUUCUGCCCUAACCUGCGAGCUGUUAGCUGGGACCUGUAGAUCGGGUUGAGGAAACAAAGGAAGUUUUUUUCUUUUUUUUUUUUUUUUUUUUUUAAUUUUAAAAAAAACAUCUUUGCUGUCAGUCGCCGAGCAGCAAUGGGCCCUGGUUAGAAUCUUCUGGAAAGAACGAAGCUUUUAGUUUCGAGCACAACCAGAUUCUGUGCCGGGAGCAGCAACGCCGCCAAAAUAGCCGGCCCGAGCAGGAAGCGGCGCAGCUCGGACUCAGACCCCAGUGAAAGCGGCUCGGCCGGUGGCAGCGAGGUUAGAGGCAGCCGCCCCGUCAGCGGCAAGUGGUUGAAGAUGGCUAGCAGUAGCAGCUCUGCAUCGGGCCAGACGAACCGCAGGCGAGCGCAGAGAGGAGCUGAGGAGAGCAGCAGCAAAAAGAAGCAAAAAGAUCGAGCUAACCAAGAAAGCAGAGAGGCCAAGCGUGCUGCAACUGCGGCUAACCAAGAGACUAAGAAAGAUCUACUUCUAGACUGGAAGCAGAAUGCAGAUGAGGUGAUAGUCAGGCUGCGAUGUGGUGAGGGUGCACUGAAGGUGGAGAAUGUUGACACUGCCUUUUCAGAUACGGCCUGCCAAGUCCGCUUCCCAGAUGGGCGUGAGUGGAGCUGUCACCUACACGCUGAGAUAGAGAGCUCCUGCAGUAAAGUGCUGUAUAAGGAGAAAGGCAGCAUAUUGCAGCUUAUCAUGCAAAAGAAAGUCCCCUUCAAUGACUGGCCCACUCUUAUGAACAACAAAGAGAGCAACCCAUUGAACCUGUUGGGGGAGAGUGGAUGCAGUCAAAAGUCCUCAGCAGAGUGCUCUGAGAAAUCCAGCUUGAGCUCUGAAACGCUCAAAACGUCCAGCAGACUGGAAGAGCAGGCACCACAGACAGAUCCGAAACCUGAUCGUGGGGUAAAAAGGGGAAUGAAGAACAAACAGGCAGAGAACACUGAGAGUGCAAGAAUCAGAGUAUCUGAGAGUAAGACAGGCAGUAAAGGAGACCACACACCCAAGCCCACUGCCAAGAGAAAUGUCCGUCCUUCCAAAAGCACAAAGGAGCCCACUGUAGCAUCUAGCCCUGCACGAGAGCAUGAGCUCAAACCACUUGUCAAUGGCAAAGCUCAAACAAGCUGUGGAUCUGCCGCUGUCCCCUCUACUGCCCAAGAAGGCAAACCGGAAUCCCAGAUUAAAGCAUGCCAGGGAGCACAAAAAGAGAAAGGGAUUGAAAAGAAGACAGACAGACACACUCGGGCUGAUGCAGGUAAGAAUAAGAAUCAGGUAAUUGUUUGUGAGCCAAUUCUUGAGCCACAUGAGCCUUCUGCUCCUGGAGUAAUACCUCUGUCUCCCGGAGAAACCUGUAAAACUGAGGAGUCUAGCAGAGGAGGAACUGUCCCAGAGGACACAGAGAAAAACAAAGAGCAAGGGACAAACGAAGAUGCUGCACAGGGUCGAAGACAAACGGAAAUCCCAGCUCACCAUGUGGAAUCUGAAGAGAUUGUUCCAUCAGUUGACCCCAAGAGGCAAGAGUUUAAAAAUACAGAGGAGGAGAAAAGGGACAGAUCUAAAGAAGAACCAUGUGAGAAGAGUCUCGAGAAGGAUAGAGAGCCAAUGGUGAACCUGUCAUUUGUGAAGAAUGAUUCGUAUGAAAAAGGGACAGACCUGAUGGUUGUCAAUGUCUACUUGAAGGAAAUCUGUAAAGAGAUUUCCAGGGUGCUCUUCAGGGAACAAGACUUCACCCUCAUCUUCCAGACCAGCGAUGCUAAUUUUUUACGUAAACAUCCAGACUGUGGACCAAACACUGUCUUCAAGUGGCAAGUCAAACUCAGGAACCUGAUUCAGCCGGAACAGUGUAGUUUUUCCUUCACUCCGUCGCGUAUAGACAUCACCCUGAGGAAGAGACACAGUCAGCGAUGGGGGGGGCUGGAAGCCCAAGUUUCACAAGGUGCAGUGGGGGGCGCGAAGGUUGCUGUGCCCUCCGGGCCUUCCUCAAUAGAGAAGAGUCAGCCAGGGAGCAGCCAGCAUGCUCUGCCUGCCAAGGAGGAGCCACGGGCAGGGGAGGAGAAGCCUAAAUCCUCUCGGACACCAGAGGAUGGUACCUUAGAUGCCGUGGUUCCACAUUCUGUCUCUGAUCAUGUUCCUAUCAAACAAGAGACAGCAAUCACCACACCGAAACCCACCUGUAUGGUUCAACCGAUGACCCACGCUCCUCCUGCAGGCAGUGAGCGACCUGAGGAAGAGGAAGAGAAGAAGGUGUGUCUCCCUGGCUUCACGGGACUGGUCAACCUGGGAAACACAUGCUUUAUGAACAGCGUAAUCCAGUCUCUCUCUAACACACGUGAACUGAGAGACUAUUUCCAUGAUCGGGCAUUUGAGACAGAGAUCAACUGUAAUAACCCCCUGGGUACAGGUGGAAGGUUAGCCAUUGGGUUUGCAGUGCUGCUGCGGACGUUAUGGAAAGGCACUCAUCAUGCUUUUCAGCCUUCCAAAUUAAAGGCAAUAGUGGCCAGUAAGGCUAGUCAAUUUACAGGUUAUGCCCAACACGAUGCCCAAGAAUUCAUGGCAUUCCUCUUGGACGGGCUGCACGAGGACCUGAACCGUAUCCAAAACAAACCCUAUACAGAAACUGUGGAUUCAGAUGGCCGCCAGGAUGAGGUUGUUGCAGAAGAAGCAUGGCAAAGGCACAAAAUGAGAAAUGAUUCAUUUAUUGUUGAUCUGUUUCAAGGCCAGUACAAGUCUAAGCUUGUGUGCCCAAUGUGCUCCAAGGUUUCUAUAACCUUUGACCCCUUCCUAUACCUGCCUGUCCCUCUACCUCAGAAACAAAAGGUGCUCACUGUCUUCUAUUUUGCUAGGGAGCCUCACAAGAAACCAGUCAAGUUUUUGGUGAGUGUCAGUAAAGAGAAUUCAAGCACAGCAGAAGUGUUGGAGUCUAUUUCCCGGAGUGUGAGAGUCAAACCAGAGAACCUAAGAUUGGCAGAGGUGGUGAAAAAUCGUUUCCAUCGAAUUUUCCUACCUUCUCACACCCUUGAUACCGUUACAUCCACCGACAUGCUCUUCUGCUUUGAGGUGGUCUCCAAAGAGCUGACUAAAGAGAAAGUGGUGCUGUUUAGGGUCCAUCAGAGGCUUCAGGUUCCCAGUAUUCCUAUAGCCAAGUGUGCUGCCUGCCAGAAGCCUCCUCUGUCAGAUGAUGAGAAACUGAGGCGCUGUACACGAUGUUAUCGUGUGGGUUACUGCAACCAGGCUUGCCAGAAGAACCACUGGCCCAACCAUAAAUCUUUAUGCCGACCCAACUCUGAGAAUGUAGGCCUGCCAUUUUUGAUCAGUGUGCCUGAGUCGAGGUUGACCUACUCGCGCCUCACUCAGCUCCUUGAGGGAUAUUCCAGGUAUUCGGUGAACGUUUUCCGUCCUCCAUUCCAAUCUGGUCGGACUUCUCCUGAGGCUAGUCUGUCUCGUGCUGAUCACCUUCCAACAACCGGUUCAAUUGCUGAGGGACCUGGUAUGGAGGAGGAAGAUCUUCAUGCAGUUGAAGAAGGAGAUGCUCAGGAGCAGGGAAAUGUGUCUUCUGAAAUGGACGCAGCAGAAGCCUCUGCUCACUCAGCUGAAGACCUGAACUCACCGUCCACUCACACCACAGAUUCUGCCUUCUCUGAGCUACUGUCUAGCUCCCAGGAUCCUUUUGGAGAGAAAGAAACAUCUUGCGAAAAGGCUGUGAAACCAGAAGCUGCUGUCACUGGCUACCAACAGCCUUCAGAAUGUAGUUACAGAAGUGGUUUCCAAUUCUAUAUCUCGCUACAAGAUGCCAACAACAAGGAACUAAAACUUGAAGACAAAGGUGAUGGAGUUCUGGAGGUGCCUGAAGACUGCACAAUUGAGCUGGUGUGGAAAAAUAAUGAGCGGCUAAAAGAGUAUGUGCUGGUGCGCUCCAAAGAGCUGGAGUUCGACGAUGACCCAGGCUCUGCCAGUGAGACUGCCAGGGCAGGACACUUUACACUGGAGCAGUGUCUCAACCUCUUCACCAAGCCUGAGGUGCUAGCACCUGAGGAAGCAUGGUACUGUCCAAAAUGUCAGCAGCACAGGGAGGCUUCCAAGCAGCUUCUGCUUUGGCGUCUGCCGAAUGUUCUCAUCAUCCAGCUCAAACGAUUUUCCUUCCGAAGCUUCAUCUGGAGGGACAAAAUAAAUGACAUGGUGGACUUUCCUGUGAGGAACUUGGACUUGAGUAAGUUUUGUAUUGGCCAGAAGGAAGAUGUGCAGCAGCCCCCUAUUUAUGACCUAUAUGCUGUUAUAAACCACUAUGGUGGAAUGAUCGGAGGUCAUUACACAGCUUAUGCUCGUCUACCCAAUGACAAAAACAGUCAGCGCAGUGAUGUUGGCUGGCGUCUGUUUGAUGACAGCACCGUGACUACAGUGGAAGAGAGCCAGGUGGUGACUCGCUAUGCCUAUGUGUUGUUCUACCGACGUAGGAAUUCUCCUGUAGAACGACCUCCUCGCCUGCUCAACCCGUUGGGAGCCGAGUCUCCUGCUGGAGCUGGAGCAGCUGCCAGUCAGGCUUCUAGCCAGGCACUCUUUGGGACAGACCUGGACCCAGAAGGACCCCCUCAGUUGGGUGCAGAAGUGACGUCCGACCUCUUUGCCCGGUCUGCGGAAUGCUCUGGCUCGUCUUACACCUGCAUGGAAGAGGUGGACUAAACUCGCCCCUAAAGCUGUAGUAGUGACCACCAAACAGCACAGCAGCCCUUGACUCAGGGAGAUUUCUUCCUUGAAAGAGACUUCAGUGCUCAUCAUCUGAUCAAGCAGAGCAAAGGUGCUUCUGUUGCACAUGUGCAAUGUUUAAAAUGUUAGAAAUUAGCUAAAUGCGUAUGUCUCCCUACGCACAUGAAAAUAUGCUCAAAGUUUCAGUCAUUUGUUUAAGAACAGAUGUGCACUCAGAUGUUCACUAAUAGCAGGAUUGCAAGUGUUUGAUUACACAGUUGGGGUGGGGAGGGGGAGUGGUUUGGCACAGCCACAUUGUAUUCAUGUUCAUCCUCUUUAAAGGUAUUAAAUGACUUGUCACGGAUUUAAAAAAUGAAACACUUGUUAACCUGCAGUUUAGUUCCCACAUAUUUAAUUGUUAACCCAAUGGGCAGAUUUCAAUCUGGUUUUCAUAUUUACACCCAAUGUGGACUGGCUUGUUGGAGAGGUUUUCUUUGAAUUUUUCUGGAAUAUUGUUUGUCUAUUAUUUGUAAUAAUUUGUUUGGGUUAUGAACUCUAGCGUGCGCACACUUUUUUUAUGUACAACAUCCUGUGGAAAUGUCUGCAUUAAGUGCAAAAACCUAACUUACACUUGUGCAUGUUGAUAAACUAGUGUAAUGUUUGUCAUUUGUUUUUUCUUUUUUUUUUUUUCCAUCCCCUUAUGUUUGUAGACUGUAUAUUAAACAGAAGCUGAAGGUUUGAUCAUAAAAAUGCUGCUGUGAAUAAAGAUAUUAAAUGGCUAAUAUAAAUAAAACGUUGAAUAAGUUAACUAAAAUGCUAUGUUAGUUAUGUCAUAUUAAAACUUUAAGCAGUGGAUUUGAAAGAUUACCUUUACUGUAAAAUAACUGGAGUUGGACCAGUGUUUGGGGUAGGUCAGGAUAAAAAUUAUAAUUAUAAAUUAUAAAAAAAAAAAAUCACUUAAAUACAGAAACAGGACAUUUAGCUAGUCUAGCUAUAGUCUACCAGAGGAUUAAUCCUUCGAUUUGAAUUUAAUUUGAUUUUAUGAUUCGUUGCUUCAUUUUGAAGACACACCAUCUGUACAGUCACAGAAAAAUAAUAGUCAGGUUAAUAAUGGUAUAUAGCUAAACUGCUCUCAUUUUCUAGAUUUUUAAUGUGUUGAUGGGUUGAACAGUUUUAAGAACAGGUCCAUCAAGGCUGUCAGGGUUUGUGUUUUUGUUUUUUUUAUUUUCACAGGUUAGCGGUGGCUAGGAUGAACAUGUUGGCAUUACAUCACAAUAAGUGUUUUUAAUAAUUGAAAUGGAAAAGGGUUGUUUUCCACAAAAAUAUUUCAGCUUCUGUCUUGUCCUUUUGUUGAUUUUGGUUUAUGUACAUGAACUCACAACAAAUUCAUGUAAAUACAGAACAACCAUAAAACUUUACCUUGCCUUUUAUACUAAAAUGUAUUCCUGUAUAUGAUUUGCUGGACUCCUGAUUUUACAUGUUCGGGUCAAUCAAAAACAACAAAGACAAGUCAAUUUCUCAUCUGUUUAACUGUGCAACACUUUUGUACCUUUACAGUUUGUUCUUCACUCCAAAAAUAUUGAUUGGAUUAUGGCUAUUAAAUGAUUGUCUGUUGAA